AUGCGAAUAGAAAAGUGCUACUUUUGUUCGGGGCCUGUUUACCCCGGGCAUGGGAUGAUGUUUGUACGUAAUGACUGCAAGGUAGGACUAUUUGGUGUUAUUUGCCUUGCUUCGCGUCGACAACUUUUGUCUGCAUCGCUAGCUAGGUAACGUAGUGGCUCUGGUCCAGGGCGUCGUUCGGCUGCGCUCUCGCCUUUUGGUGGUGUAAAUUAUUUGGUUUAUUGACAUGGCUCCGUAAGUCACCGGAGUAAAGAUGUCUCUGUAACGCGACUGGUGCCAAACUUUUGUCGCGUUCAGAACAACUGCUGGGAACUCGGAAAUCUCGGACUUCCGAUCGUUCAAAACAAAUGGGAACUCGGGAUAAAAACGAGCUCCGACUGGGAAAAAUCGAUUUGAAGUUGGAAUUCCAACUCGAGUCUCUUUCUAGAGCUCCGACCUGAAAAUCACUGACUCGUAUUUCUCUGAGCUCCCAGUUGUUUUAAACGCAGCAUAUGUCCCACGCACUACCGAGUUGCAAGGGCAUCCGACGCAUGAAAACAAAAAGCUAGUUAACUAACUACAGCGACACAGAUACUGAUGAUAACUAACACCUUUCAUCUGUGACAGCGAGCUACUAGCUAAUAAAACGAGCUAUACAUAUGUCAGGAGCAUUAAUAUGAUCAAUACCGUUGUUGAACCACACUGUUGUUGUAUUAUUAUUAUGACGAUGAUAUAUACUGCUGCAUAGAGGUAGCCUCGUACAACCAUCCUAAUAUCGGGAGUUUACAUUCUGUGGUUCCAUGUAGGGAAACAUAAUGUAAAUUUGCGAGUUCAGGAUGGUUGCACGAUGCUAGCAGCGGUUCCCAAGUAAAAUAAAUACAUUUCAAAGCUCUCUUAAUUUUGUAAUUAGGUGUUCCGAUUCUGCAAGUCAAAGUGCCACAAAAACUUCAAGAAGAAGCGUAACCCAAGAAAGACCAGAUGGACGAAGGCAUUCAGAAAAGCUUCUGGGAAGGAGUUGACAGUUGUGAGUUAUUCUAUUGAUGUAAAUUAUAAUCCACGGUUUCUUCUUCUUCUAUAGUAUAUUGGCGAUCACACAACAGGACCGACAGACUUUAUUAUUUUUCUCCAUUCACCCAGCGGGUCAGACGCUGGGCGCCAACCACACCAGGAAUUCAACCUGAACAUCCGUCGUCACCCCUGAGAUGUCUCCUUUGACUGGGGCUCUACUCCGAAGUUCAAAACACAAAACUUCGGUUGUUCGGAUUCUUUUGAGGCUCAUUGCAAUCUUCAGAAAUACAAUGAAUCAAACUCAGACCACUCCACAUAUGCAUCCUUACUCAACAAACGAUUCGUUAUCAUUCACACGUAUCCUCCACUCCACUUUUAGACAAUUUCCUUUUUUUUUUCUCCUGUUUUCGCUACUACUGUUGUCCAUUCAGAACAUUCGUCUUCACCAACUUUGCUUGAAGCGCUGCUUGGUUCCAACUCAGCAUCCACUUCCUCCAUCUUUUCCUCGCUGGAUUUCUUCCUAGGUUCCUGCCCUUACAUUUUAGUCAUUUAGCAGAUGCUGUUAUCCAGAGCGAUUUACAGUUAGUGCAUACAUUUUUUCAUACUGGCCCCCCAUGGGAAUCGAACCCACAACCCUGGCGUUGCAAGCGCCAUGCUCUACCAACUGAGCUACACGGGGAGGAAGUGUUUCCUGGCCACCGUCCUUCUACAUCUGAAUAGCUUGUUCUUUGGGAUUUUAGACUGGGUGUCUGUAAAGUAGGGCCGGGACGAUACCAGUGUCGCGAUACUCGUUAUUAUCGUGGCAAGGAAACAGCCCUAAUGUGGGAAACAAACAUCAUUAUGUUGUCAUCCAGAGUCACAUUUACUCAUUUUCCAAGCUGUAGCACACAAUAUUUUACAUACAGCAGGUUUUUUAAGAACCAAAUAGUUUGGUCUGCUCUGCUUCUUGUUGUAAUUUUUUGCCGUGGAAAAAAUAUUGCGAUGCUGGCAUCGUCACAGCCCUGCUGUAUAGCACUUUGUGACAACUGCUGAUGUAAAAAGGGCUUUAUAUAAAAAUAAAUGUUAUUGAUUUAAUUUGACGAGUCCCGUGUAAGUAUUCAUAAAGUAAAUAUCCUUUAUGUAGCCACUAAUAAUCAUAUUAUUGUUCACUGCUUCAGGACAACUCAUUGGAGUUUGAGAAGCGCAGAAAUAUUCCAGUCAAAUACAGAAGGGAGCUGUGGGGCAAGACAGGUAUUUUAUGAUCCAGCUUUACCCUCUCACAUGGCUCUUCAAGUCACAUUAGUUCAUCAUAUAAUUGUUUACAUUGGACUUAAUUGCAUUGUUAAUGUGAGAGUCAUUUAAAUGCUGACUAGAAGAGCAACAACCUGACUUAUUUUUGUUUUUCAGUGGAGGCGAUGAAGAAGGUGGAAGAGAUCAAACAGAAACGACAGGCAAAGUUUAUCAUGAACCGGCGAGUACAAUGACUAGUUUUCUGUUUUUGGGAUGGUAAAUAACAAGCAAAGUCCUAAAAAAAUGAAUAAAAAAAAUGUCACAUGCUUCGUAAAAACAACAGGUGUAGACUAAGAGCGGAACGCUGACUUACGGGUCCUUUCCUUAUGGGCAAAAGUUGUAAUCUGGUCUUUUGAAGGAACUUCGGGAGUAGAUUGCAAAGUCUUUGUGCCAAUGUGUGUAGAUUGGAUACAAGGCAGCAUUAUUAUGAUAUCUCACUAAAUUAGCAAGUCGUUGGUGUCAAUGUGGAUGUAUGGAAACGGUAGCUCAAUGAGCUCAUACCUGUUUUUCAAUCUGCUCAUCCUACAGGCUGAAGAAGGGCAAACAGUUGGAGAAGGAAGAGGCCAUAAGCGAAGUGAAGAAGAAUAUUCACCUUAUCAAAGCACCUCAUGCAGGUGAGACACCUGACUACAAUAUACACAGCUAUUGCCUCUUCUCUCCUCCUCUUCCCUCUGAUCACCUAUUCUCUGCUACAUGUACUACAAUAAGAAAGAUGUCCGUUUGACAAGCAAACAAACGUCUCCUCGACUGACUUUGAGGGGUUGAUUGCUUGCCGAGAGCACCUCUAAUACAUUUCCUCAUGAAUCUGCAGGCAAAGCCAAACCGCUGGAAGAGAAGAUGGUGCAGAAGCUGGCAGAAGACGUGGAAAUGGGGGAUGAUGGUUAAUCUGUUGCUUUCGAUGUGGUUGGCUUCAACAACUCAUUUCUGUGUGCUGUGUUUUUUGUCUUUGAGAUUUAACUGUUCCAAAUGCAAGUCUUCAAACAUACUGUGUAUAAUACAGAGGACAUAUGUGUUUUUAAAGACGUUGUAAUAAAUAAAAUAUAAGGAGCUGAUGCGCAGAAGUAAAAUUAAUGUAUCCUCCCAAAUGAACGUUCAAAACAAUAUAGAAAUUGAUAUUAAAUAUUAAUAAAACCAUGAUUGGUGAAAUAGGUUUCU